UCAUUCCAACACGACCAGUGAUCCCGAAACCGCUCACCGCGCAACCAACCACCCGACCUAACUUUGUUCCGAUCACACGGUGAUGAGUCUGUGAUGGGUGGAGGCUGCUCCAAGAAGCCCGAUCGCGAACGUUUCCGACGUCCAAGAGACUCGAGUGCCUCAGACAGUGUCGCCAUGACUCAGCUCAAGGACGUGGAGUUCAGUGGUAGUGAGAUUCGUGUGGAGUCGAUUCACAAGGAUGAUCUGAUCACGGUGGGGUUGAUUAAGAAGGAGUUGCACGAGAACGCGCCUGUUUUUGUGUUGAACAAUGCUUUUAUGGCGAUGCAGUUUUUGCUGAUCACAAAGACAUAAUAACCAAGAUGAGACAAGCAGCUGCAAGCCCACAAGAAAAGGAAAUGAACAAAACUCUACUCAAGGAUGAAACAGUGGAAUGCACGUACCCAGACACUAUUCUAGAUGAAGUGAAUAAAAAUAUAGUGUAUAGACCAGUAGAAGAGAACAGUAUAGGUGAAAAUUUGUUGGCCAAAAGGAUAUACGUCAUCAAUGACCUCAUUGAAGUGGUCAAGUCCAAGGAAAUACCGCAGUAUACCUCGAUUGAUAAGCCUUGUUAUCAAGUUAGGAUAGAGGAAAGUGAUAGGAAAGGCUUUGUCAAACUGACUCAGAUCCAAAACAACGCUGCCAUUUUCGCAAACCGCGAGUACGAUGAAAACUACGAACCCUUACCAGGCCCAUCAUCAAAAUCAGACUCUGAGUAUAGUUACAUCACCGAGCUAAGAACUCCAAAACAGAUUGAGGUUGACACUACAGUAGAAAGACGCGAUACCCUCCCAGAAACGUGUUUCACUCACAGAAAGGUCAAGUGUCUUCCCAGUGAGGAGCUGGACGAAGAUGAUGAAGAAGAAAGGUUGAAGUUUCUGGAGAAUCUGAAUGAAGACGAUUUUAUUAAAGAUGUUAUAUACGUUAAUUCGAAAGGGUUUAUGAAGUAUUUUCAGAAUACUUUGUUUACCACGUCGCUGGGGAAGUCAUUGGGGUUUACUGAAGAGUCGAUAGCUUCGGCUAAAGCCAUUCCUGGGAAGAUAUUUUGUGAUGACGUUGAUAUAGAGACUACGACAACAAAAACUUUUGAGGUAAUUCCAGCAGUUGGCAUCACAUGGCCUCUGGAUCAGACUUACGAAUUUAUCACUAGGGAGGACAGACCCACCAUUGUUGAUAGAAGGACAGGCAUCAAAUAUAGAUGGCCUACAGAUGGUCCUGGAGGCAUGAUAGACGAAAUCAUCGAGCUUUCUGCUGUCCUCGUUCCAAAAGGCUAUGCCAAGAAGAAAGGAAUUAACGUAGAUAACAAUCUCGAAUGGGAGAUGAACUUUCCUAAAGCAGAACGCUACCUGGAAGCUCGCAUGUCCCAUGCUCAAAUGAAGUCCUUCCUGUUACUCCUAACACUGCACAAGAGUUUCAUAGCUCCCGUGACUCAGCAGUACGGCCUCCUACCUGAGCACAUCCGCACUCACAUGUACUGGGAGUGCGAGAAAGACUACAGGAACUGGCCUGAGCACCGACUGGGCACCAAAAUGCUCAUGGUACUGAAUAAUCUAAAAAAGCGACUCUACGUUGGCGUUCUUCCCGAUUAUUUCGUCAAAGAUAAGAACUUGUUCGAGAACAUCCCUCAGAAGUACCUGCAGUACGCUCAGAAAGUGUUGUUGGAGGUGCUUGAAAACCCUGUACCGUAUUUUAUCAGUUCUUUGAGGAACUUGAGGUAUACGAGUGGAAAAUUUUACCCUUCCAUUGAUUUGAAGGAUCUGUUUGAGUCUCUUACUACGAAAAAUAGUGCUGGAUUAGUCAACCCAAAGCUUCUGACAAAUCAGCGGAUACCAUACUUGAAGAAAAGAGUGUAUAAAGACCCAGAACAGCAAAUACAGCAUUUGAGGGAAGUCAAAAUAAAGGAAAAAAUCCUCGCCAAGAGACUUAAAGAGAAAGAAGACCAACUUUUAGCCCAAAAGAAGGAAGAAUUAGAGAAAAAGGCUAAAUCUGACAUAGAUCUUGAGGUUAAGAUAGAAAAAACUCUGGAUUUGUGGAAAACUAAAUCCAUUCUGGCCUUUUUCAUCAAAAUCUUCCUGGACAUUGCGAAGAAGAGUUACGUGCUAGCGACCAAAGAACAGGCCUUGUUCUAUUUGAAACAGGCUUAUUACCUUACAAGAAUACUUGAGGAAGAAUCUCCAGCCUUUACAGAUGAAGCUAAAGAGUGGUACCAGCUUAUAAAUGUGGAAGAGUCAAAAAUUAAAAGGAAAUCUCUAAGAUCUGCCUCGAUAUCAGACAGUAAGCCUCCCACUCCUGUCAAAAAUCCGGUGGUGCAAUUCCAGUUUGACAUUUCUCCGCAUGCCAAAACCGGUUCCAUCAAGCUGAACAACCUGCAAGCAUCGUACCUCAACGGAAGUGUCAACGGGCAAGCUCCGCCUGCUUUGAGGAACCUCAAACCAGUCCAAAGGAAUACUAGUUUUAAGGAAAAUGGCACUUUGCAACAUAGUAAUAGUUUGAGGGAGAAUGGUGUGAUUCAACCACCCAGAAAAAAGACUGUGGCAUUUGUGACAUGAGUGUUUUGAAUAGAACAGAAGUGUAUAUAAGUAUUUAGUCAGUAUAUUAAUAAACAUAACUUUUAUUCGUGAUGUUUUUUUAUUUUAUUAUUUAUGUAGACUUAGAAGUUAGUGGAGAAAAUAUAUGUUGUAAAUU